AUGAAGAUGUUUGAGCCAGGUCAGAUAAAAACUGACAGCCUGGAGAUGAAAAGAAUCUCAACUGUCUUGGAUAAAAUGAUUGACAAGCUGGAGCUGAGCGGUUUGAUCCCAAGAAUUAUUGACUCUCUGGAUAACUUUGCUGGUAUUCUGGGACCUGAGAUGAUACACAACCUGAGUGAGCACCAGAAGCUUUCAAAGGAAGUGGAGCAGCUGCUUGCCAGCUCUGGAGAGAGGGACACCACGGGAGCUGAGCAGCAACCAGGCUGUCUCUGCUCACUAGAGCAACAGCUGAAACGUUCUCUUAGAAACAUCCUGAGGCUCCUGCUGGUCAAACCUUCACUUUGCCAGGCUCUGAAACACCAAAUUUUGGUGGGAGAGUCACCAGCUGAAGUAUUUAUCAAAGCCUUUGGGGAGUUCAGGAGUUUCAUGCUUGAGAAACUCCUGAUGAGUCCUGUGGAAGAGGAAGAAAAGAUUGGAUUAGAGGCAGACAUCUCCCUCCGGAUUAAGGACAACACUGAAGCAAUUACAGCUUUACAGGCUGAGCUGGCAGCAGCAAUCCAGACUCGAGAUGAGGAGAUUCACAAGAAAGACAAUGUGAUCAAGGAGCUCAAAACAAGUGUGCAGGAUCUUCCCAAAGACUGCAAGACCAGCACCCAGCAGAUUGAGCAGGAAGGAGAAAAACCCCAGCAAGAGGAGCUGGAGGGCUCCCGGGCCAGGCGUGCCAGGCUGCAGGGGGAGGUGCAGCAGCUGGCAGCACAACUCCAUGCACUUGAACAGGAGCAUUGGUCAUCAGAGCUGACUCUCAGAAAGAGGAAGAGCAGAAUGGAGACGGAAAUUGCGAACUGGAUCCAGAAAUAUCACACGGACUUGGAAGAAAAACAGGCCGAGUAUGAUGAGCUUCAAGCUGCCUACGUUGAGGAGCAGGCCCAGCUGGUCCAGCUGACAGAGAAACACGCUGUGCUUUUCCAGGAGUAUUCCCAGAUUGAGGAGGAGCGAAGGCUACUUCAGGAAAAGAAGGACCAGGCUUUGCAGGAGUUCAAAACUAUGACUCGUGCUGCCACCCUCAUCCAGGCCUUCUGGAGGGGCUACUUUGUCCGGACCCUCCUCAAGUCAAAAAAGAAGAAGAAGGGCAAGGGCAAGGACAAGAAGGGCAAGAAAUAA